UCUUACGAGCUCCUUCCGCCGCCAUUCUCGUCGCUACUUUUUCUCUCCUCGCCGGAGGUUUGUCAUCAUCUCUUCUCAUCGCCGUUAGUUCAGGGAAGAAGAAAGAGCAGAAAAGAAUGGGUGAGGAGAAUAAGGUAGUUGGAGAAGGUGAGAAGAAGAAAGAAGAAAGUGUUGGUGCCACUGCUGUUGUUGGUGAUGGAGAGGAGGAAAAGAAUAAGAAAAAGAAUAAGAGUAAGAAGCAGGGGUUAAUUUCUCGAAUUUGGAAUGGGAUAUUCAGAAGACGUAGUGAUGAUUUUGAGAAGAGGUUGCAAUAUAUUUCCAAAGAGGAAGCUGCGGUUAUGGCCAGGGUCAAUCGGAGAAACCGGUCGUGGCGGAGAACUUCGCGCCAGAUCAUCAUAAUCUCUGUUAUAUUUGAGGUACAUUUUCUAUUGCUGGAUGAAUGGGUUUAUCUUUGUGUGUUUUUGUUUGUUAUAAAUCAUUUCUCAUAUGAAUAGAUUUGUGUAUUUUAACAUGCCAUUCUAUGCUAGAGUUUCUUUGAGCUUGAAGCGCGAAAAACUACAAAC